AUGAGGAAAAGAGAGAGGGAAAACCCUUGUGGGGUAUGUGGGCACUAUCACAAAUAUGAAGAAGGUGAAGUUUGUUCGAUUUGUGGUCAUAGGGUUCCUGUUGGAUCGGAGAAAAGUUCGAUUCAAGUUAGUGUUUUUCCUUCUGUGAUCUUGCCGGAGUUUCUUUACUUGGGGAGCUAUGAUAACGCUUCACGCUCUGAGCUUCUUAAGACUCAGGGGAUUUCACGUAUCCUCAAUACUGUCCCUUCUUGUCAGAAUCUGUACAAGAACUCAUUUACAUAUCACUGUCUCCCGGAUGACAAAAGUUUCCAGUUUGAUGAAGCAAACCAGUUUCUCGAGCAAUGUGAGAAGGAUAAAGAGCGUGUUCUGGUUCAUUGCAUGUCAGGAAAGAGUCGGUCCCCGGCUGUUGUGAUCGGCUACCUGAUGAAGUCGAGAGGAUGGAGACUUGCACAGAGUUAUCAGUGGGUAAAGGAACGGAGACCUUCCGUCGAAUUAUCCGGAGCCGCCUACCAGCAUCUACAGGAAUACGAGAAAACCCUUUUCGGAUCUGCCGGAAACUCUUUUCUUCUGCCUUCCGCUUUCUCAUCUCUAGCAGGGCCAUCUUCAAUUAGCUUCGGCUUCCCAAAACCCAACGAUCUACCUCCACUUGCCGCCUUUCCCGCCUUCCCCGCCUUCAACUGCGCUGGAACUCCGUCAAUUUUCACCCGACAACCCCUUGAUAUAGCUCCUACCGAGUUCACAUUCGGAGCCGGUCAGAAUGUUACUGGAAAUCCUUUCAAUACAAAUCCACCUAAUCCGAAUCCGAAUGUUACUGAUAUUCAAAUGGAUGGAUCUUGA